GCAAUGCAGCCCGCAAAUUUACCAAUUUCUAGUUUUGGAGGUCACCGUGGAUUUUGGAAGACGGCAAGAGUCAAAAUGAAUAAGUGAUUCAGGUAUCAUAUGUAUUCGUUGUCGAACGCAUUGAAAUAUAUUGAUGAACGGGAACAAUGGCCGAGACGAGCCCUUCCAGCGUACGAGAGAAGUUUGUGGCUGUAUUCCAGUCGGUGCUGCCAUCUGUGGGCAGCGGCGAGAGCCUGAGCCUGCUGCUGACCUCGCUGGAGUCGUGCCUGUCGAACAACGCGACCGUGUUCCUGGCGGCUCACGGCGAGCCGGCCGGGGAGCGGCAGCGCAGCCAUGAAUUCACCGUAUGGGUGCUGGCGCAGCUGGUCCUGGUGCAGGGCGAUCUGCCCGACGGAGCGACGAGGCAGCGCGCCGCCUCCUGCGCCGUCCGUCUGCUGCGCACGCUGCACGCGCGCGAGCCGGUGCUGCUGGCGGGCGCCGUGCUGCCGCUGUGGCUGUCGCUGCUGCAGCAGCUGACGGCGCCGGCCGCCGGUGGCGCCACGCUGCGGCUGCUGGAGGACUCACCGCUGCCGCCGGUGGAGAGGCGUCUGCCGGUCGGCACUGCGCUGGCUGCCUUCCGAGACACGGUGCUCGGCUGGCUGCUGUGUGAGGAAGUGCUCCAGCUGCUGGUGAUGUCUAACGCUCAGCUGAGCGCCGCCGUCACCUGCCUCGGCCGUCUUGGGCGCACCGGUAGCCGCUCUGCAGCGCUGCGGGCCGUCACCAGUCUGGUGGGCGAGCGGCCGGCAUCCCUGAGACACCGCCUGCUGCGUGCCCGCCUGUUGCCGCCGACCCCAGCGCCGGCCGAGUUCACCCGCCUGCCGCCGGCCGCCUGGCGCGACGCUGCAGUGUCGCGAGCUGCGUCGGUAACACCGCCUGAACAGAUGGCGCUGCAUAUGCUGAGUGCGAUCGAGGAAUCCCCGGUGAACGGGUUUUCUGGCGUGUAUCGGCACGCAGUGGACGCGACGGAGUGUAUGCUGCAGUGGCCGGUGGAUGUGGAGGUGCAGAAGCUGCUGGUGGCCGUGCUCUCCCUGCCGUGGCUCGGGGCAGAGGUCAGCUGGCUGGACCUGCAGCCGACGGCCGGUCGACCCGAGGUCAGAGCGCGACUGGAAGCCGUUAUCUCCAAGCUGGGUCCUGCCGCGGGCUCUGACGCGGCCGAGGACUGCCUGCGUGUGCUGGUCAUGUUCCCGCACUUCGUGUGUCCGCUGUGGCGAGCCAAACUGGUCGGUAAACUCUGUGGUCAGUGUGAGGUCAGCGAGGAGCUCUUGCCGGCAGCGGCCCUCAAUAUCGGCCGAUCGGCAACCGGACAGCUAAUGGCGGCGGUGACGUCAUAUAGCCAGCUGGCUCCCCUCGGCCGGCUGCUGUGUCUGAGUGCCGGGUCCGCCUCUGUGUGUCUGGAAGAGGAGGGAUCGGCAGACCCUCCAGCAGACUGUAUAGGACUGGGAAAACUGCAGAUGUACUGUGCUCAGUGUGACUGGCAGUUGCCGCCAGAGGGAGCGCGGCGCAUGUCAGUUGCUACGGUGCCGCCCACUGAAGUGGUCGCUGUCAUCAUCGGAGCUGUGACGUCAUGGGAGCGGCCGGUGACGUCAUCCGAGCACCGGGCGCUUGUGAGUUGCAUAAACCACGCCGAGGACCGAACAGCCGUGGUGCGCGCUGUGCUGGCACUGCCGAACGCUGCCGAGUGGUCGCCGGCGCUGUCUCAGGUGCUGUACGGAGGGGGAGACGAUGACGACCGCGACUGGCGGCCGGCACAGACGCUGCUGUUUGAGUGGCUGGCGUCUCUGGAUGACGAGCAGUGCGCGCACGUGUUGGACAGUCUGCUGUAUCGGGUCCAGUGGAUGUCUCCGUGGGUGAUGGCGCAGGUUCUGGCGGUGCUGCAGCGACCUCUGCUGUGUGGUCAGUCCGCGAUCUCGGCCACGGCGCACCUCUGUCUGCAGGAGCUGGCGCGGAGGUCCGAGCUGCCGCCCUCCCAGCUGUGGCUCGGCCACCGCGCGGUGGUGUGCGCCGCCUUGGCGAAGCACCUGCUCCAGUCGGGCGCGCCGCUGGCAAGACUGGGCGCCGCUGCCGCCGCCUGGGAGUGGCGUUCGCUGGCCACUCUGCUCCAGGUGGGCCGAAGACACCUUCUGCCGCCGCUCGUGGUCGCCAUGGCAACGGCUGGACGCGCCGACCUCCUGGACGACGCCGUGGCGACGCUCGAGACGAGUCCGAUGGACCUGCUCAUCGACAACUACCAGUACGUCAUGUCGCAUCUGGUGCUGUCGGGGAGACGCGCCGACCUCGGAAAGCUACAUGCGUUCAUCGAGAAGGCUACUGGGAAGGAUAUUGCUGGGAUCCGGCGCUGCUCCCUGCAGGGCCAGGUCAGCGAGCUCGUACUGGGUAUGCACGCCCAUCGAGAAGAUGUGAUCCGCGAGCUGGGCUGUCUGGCGCAGCUGGACGACGACGGCCCACCAAGCGGACGGCCCGUGCCACUGGAGACGCUCGUGAAGUACUUGUCGGGCCGGCUACUGGGUGUGCUGGGCUCGGCAGAUGCACGCCUUAGCUCCUCGGUCACCUCCGAUGAGGAAAAGCGUCUCGUGCUGCUGUCCGUGGGCGAGCUGUGCAAGCUGCUUGGCCGUGCCCCCGUCUCAGCAAUUAGCAGGAAGAUGGUGGCCACGCUGAAAGCGGGCCUGUCAGUUAGAGGUGUGGAUCAUGCAUCUGUGUGGGUCAGUAUGAUACGCGCGCUCGAUGGUCCUGCUCUUCGCGCACUGGCGUCUGAGCUGCUGGUGACACUGGCGCCUCUGCCACCUGCUGAGCGUGCUCCUGCGCUGAAAUGCCUGCUGACAGAGCGAGCUGAGGACUUGACUGAUGUACUGGACGAGCUGCCGGACGUGGACUCGCUGCCUCAGCUGGGCGCCGUCAGCCUGUGCAACUCUCAGGCGCCGCUCGCCGACCGGCUGGCGCGCGCUGUCCGCAUGCUGACCCACCACAGUGUGCUGGUGCGGCGGCACGUUCUGCUGGACGUGCGCCGGCUGCUGGCGCAGCACAGUAAGGAGCUGAACACCAUGGUGCGGUCAGCGGCCGGCGGCCAGCCGACGCUCGGUGAACUGAUGGACGCCCUGCUGGCCGCCUGCCGGGACGCCGACAAUGACGCCCGCCGCCUGGUGGCCGAAUGUCUCGGCUCGCUGGGCGCCAUCGAUCCGGCGCGGCUCACCACCGCCGACAAAGUAGUGAAUUCUGCACAGCCUGUGCCGCUGGCGCCCAUCGCUUCGGACGAUUUCGCCACAGAGUUGCUUACUCAGCUGGGAAGAGCGUACAGUGCGGCACCAGAUGGAACAUCUCAGGCCUUUGCGUCCUUCGCCAUGCAGGAGGUGCUAAAAAUUUACGGUGUGAGCGGCGGCGGCGGGGCGGCACUGUGGGAUUCACUGCCGGCAGAGCUGCGGCAACUCCUGGCUCCGAUGCGGACAUCCAAGUACAACGUGACAACCUCGCAGAGCCGGAACCCUUCUUUGAUUGUGUACGGCAGUGCUGAUGCCGCCGGAGGAUACUCUGACUGGGUCGGUCUGUGGCUGACUCAGCUGUCCAGUUUCGUCACGCAGUCACAAGCAGCGCAGGUGUUCAACGCCACGCGCUCCGUUGCGUGUCGUGACGUGACGCUGGCGGCGUUCCUGCUGCCGUAUGUCCUGGUGACGGCCGUCAUCGACGGAGGCGACGCCGCGCAGCGAGCGGCCCUGGCUGAGAUCGAGGCUGUGCUGCGCGACCAGUCGCCAAAGUCCACCGAGACCCACCGACUCUGCUGCCGCUCUGUGUUUGCUGUGCUCGACGCAGCGGCCGGCUGGCGGCUCGAUCGACAAGCACAGUGCGGCAACAGCUCACGACUGCUGGACGCGUUGCGCCGGGAUGACACCGCUUUCUGCGCAGUCUCCGCCUUCCUUGAACGCGUACCGUUUGACGUGGUGGCCGAAGCUAGCCGACGCUGCGGUGGGCAAAAGAGGGCACUGCAGUCAUUAGAACUCCACCUACGAAGGCACCCGACGGAACUGGCGGCGCGACUGCCGCUGCUGCAGGCGCUGUACGUCUCGCUGGCCGAGCCGGACGGCGUGGCCGGCGUGUCUGCCACUCGGCAGGAGGCCCCGUCAGUGGCGGACCAGCUAGUGCUGCACCAAUCGCGUGGCCAGCUUCAGGACGCGCUCUCCUGCUACGAACACGUGUGCAGUACGCCGGGCAGUGAACUGGAGGGGUACCGAGGCCUGGUGAGCUGCUACCUGAGUCUGGACCAGCCGCACUCGGCGCUGGGCCUGGCGCGCGCGCUCGCCGCCCGCUCCGACGCCUGGCAAGAAGAGUUUGGAGAGUUGCUGGUGGAGGCCACCUGGCGUCUGGGCCAGUGGGACGCGCUGGAGCCGGCGCUCGAAGACACUCCGCUCACUUCGUGGGGAGCCGCCGUGGGCGCAACACUCCUCCACGCCGACCAAAAGAAGAAAACUGAGUUUGAGAAGAUGCUGAGCUUUUGUCGCGAGCAAGAGAUGGCACCUCUCUGCCUAGCCACGAUCGAGAAGGGAAGUUACGCGCGGGAGUACGAGCAUUUAGUGCGCUUACACAUUCUGAGCGAUAUGGAGCGUGCGCUGCCCAGCCUUCUCUGGGAAGAGGGAGAGCCAAACACCGCCGCAGAGCUGGCGACCUGGCAGCGCCGACUGGACACCGUGCGGCCGGCGGUGAGCUCUCUGGAGCCAGUGCUCACUGCUCGCCGUGCGGUUCUCACCCUAGCUCGAGAUAGACUGAGAGACCGUGCCUCCAGUGCUGCCGACACACUUGACCUAGAGAUCGGUCGGUGCUGGCUGCGCAGCGCGCGCGUCUCGCGGGAGGCGGGCCAGCUGCAGAGGGCGGCCAACUGCCUGCUCCAGAUGGAACCCCAGGAGCGCCGGUUGCCCGAGGCGUUCGUGGAGCGAGCACGACUUCUGUGGCUGCGUGGAGAUGGAGACAAUGCCAUCCGCGUGCUGCGCCAGGGCGUGGAGAGCCACUUCCCGGACUGGUCUGCGAACCUGAAGGCUGGCCGGCUGACCACGGAGAACCGCAACAUCCUGGCAGAAGCGAAACUCCUGCUGGCGCGCUACUGUGAGGAGUCGGCGCACAUGGACAGCAGCGUCAUCAAUCAGCACUUCCUUGAGGUGACUGAGAUUCGCCUAGACUGGGAAGAGGUACACUUCUACACCGCCAAGUACUUAGAGCGACUUUGGGCGGCGCUGCCGGCGGUUGGACGUGACUCGAGCCAGCUGGCGGCACGCGUAGUGCACGCGCUCGGGAAGUCUCUCCAGUACGGCUGCCGGCAUGUCUACGAGUCGAUGCCGCGGUUGCUCAGUGUGUGGCUGGACUAUGGCGCUGAUGUGUCAAACAACAAGACCAACAAACGAGCUGUGGACGCGGCGCUGGUGGCGAAGAACAUAGACAUGAUGUGCCGGAGGGUUGGCCAGCUGCUGCAAGGGCUUCCUCUGUACUGCUUCCUCACCUCGCUGCCGCAGAUCAUCUCGCGUAUCUGCCACGGCCGACCUGAGGUGUACGCCCAGAUCCGCGACAUCCUGGCCGCCCUGCUGGCCACCUAUCCCAGGCAGUGCAUGUGGUCGAUGCUGGCCGUCUCUCGCUCGUCGUAUCCCAUGCGGGUCGAACGCUGUCAGGAUGUCUUCGCGCGCGCCAAAGCGAAGAAGCCGUCUCUGGCGACCUUCAUCAGCGACGUCUCGCGUCUGGCCGACAAGCUGGUGGAUCUCUCCAACAAGCCUGUGGACAAGAAAGUGAGCCGCCUGAGCAUGACGGCUUUCUUCCCGAGCCUGCGCCGACUAGUGACGGCCAACUUCUCACAGAUCUUGGUGCCGCUACAGCAGCAGAUGACGGUGGUGCUGCCCGAGACGGCCGCGCAGCACGGUAACAACUUCCAGCCGUUCCCCGAUGACCAGGUGUGCAUCGCCGGCUUCGAAGACGAGCUGGAAGUGAUGCCGUCGUUAGUCAAGCCGAAGAAGAUCACCAUACGGGGUACGGACGGUCGCAAGUACACAAUGAUGGCCAAGCCAAAGGACGACCUUCGCAAAGACUCGAGGCUGAUGGAGUUCAACCGGCUGGUUAACAGACACUUGGCCAGCGACGCCGAAGCGCGGUCACGAAGUCUCCGUAUCCGGACAUACACGGUCAUCCCUCUAAACGACGAGUGCGGCCUGCUGCAGUGGGUGCCGAACCUGAGCGGCAUGCGCCAGGUGCUGCUCACCCAGUACCGCCGGCGUGGCAACGUCAUGACCAACGCCGAGCUGAAGCAGGUCUGUCCGCGUCUCGAAGACUCCCUGGAGACCAAACGUAAGGUGCUGGUGGAGCAGCUUCUGCCACGCCACCCGCCGCUGCUCAGCCAGUGGCUGGUGGACACCUUUGCCGAGCCGCAGGCGUGGUACACGGCGCGCCUCAACUACGCCAGGACCACGGCCGUCAUGUCCAUGAUCGGCUACAUCCUCGGCCUCGGUGACCGGCACGGCGAGAACAUCCUGCUGGACGCCUCCUGUGGUGACUGCGUGCACGUCGACUUCAACUGUCUCUUCAACAAGGGCGAGCUGUUCGAUUGGCCGGAGCGCGUGCCGUUCCGGCUGACGCACAACAUGGUGAAUGCGCUCGGUCCUACGGGCGUGGAGGGCGUGUACCGGACCGCCUGCGAGGUGACCAUGUCGGUGAUGCGCCAGCAGCAGGACGCGCUCAUGUGCGUGCUGCGGCCGUUCGUGCACGAUCCACUCGUUGAAUGGAGCAAACAGGAGCGCAAGACGCGCGACGUCGGCGAGAUUGUUAACGAGAAAGCGCAGGCGCACGUGGGCGACAUUGAGCAGCGCCUCCGCGGCCAGGUGCGCUCCAAACUGAAGCCGGUGCCGAUUCCGCUGUCGGUGGCCGGCCAGGUCAACUACCUGAUCGAGGAGGCUACCAGCGUCGACAACCUGUGCCAGAUGUAUAUCGGCUGGGCGGCGCACUUCUGAGUGGGCCAGCGGCAGCCGUACUACUCAGCUACUGUGAUGUUUGUUUUGUGAACCGGACAGGUUCGCAGCUGUGCCAUUUGCGCUUCGUCAUUGUACUGACCUGUGAAGCAUCUUGUGAUUUUUUGAUAAUGUGUUCGUUGUUUGUCAGCACCUACCAGCUGGUGCAGUUUUGUAUUUUUCAACUAAAGUAUUUGUUGAUUCGAGAGUGAUGUUAAGAACCUAAAAUAUUGCAAAUAAAUGAGUUUUGUAUUGAUAUAA